CGUCGUAUAACAAGUCCGUGCAGAAAUAAAGGGACAUUAUAUGGAACAUCCUCAGGCAUGCGGCUGAGAAGAGGCAAGGCGAAGAAGAAUGAUUAGAUUAGUAAACCAUCCAGUAUAAGAUACGUUGUAUAAAAAUGGCAGAAGAGAUAGAGUUUACCGAGGAUGAAAACCCUUUUAAAUUGUGCGUGCUCUGUGCAACUGACUUGAAGGAUAAAUCUCCAAAAUUACUUCCAUGUCUACACACAUUGUGCAACCCUUGUUAUAAGACGCUCUUUCAGGUUCUGAAACCUGAAGACCCUACGCUCGAUGGCUCGAAAAAUGAAACUGAACCAGAAAAGGACAAUUCUGAUAAAACAGACACAUCUGGAGGGGGAGGCGGUGACCCCACACCGUUAGACGCGGAUGCGUGCCUUGUUGUGGAUCUUGAAAAGCCGGCAAACGGUGAUACCACUAAAAAAGAUGGUGAGAAAAGUAUUGACAGUUUUGCUGUGUCCUGUCCUGCAUGUAGUGCUGCAGUUGAUAAAACCCUGGUCAUUGACAAUCUGUUCGUGAAUCUUGAUGCAGACACACCAAUAGUUAUUGACGAAGAUGAGGAAGAGAAGGAAGAAGUUCACAAAUGUACAGCAUGUGAUGAGAAUGAGGAAGCGUCAUCCUUCUGUCUUGAUUGUAGGGAAUGGUUGUGUGAUCAGUGUGUUUUUGCACACAAGCGUGUACGAAUCACUAAAGAUCAUUCAAUCUCUCCGAAAAGUGAACUUAAAAAAGAUGAUGAACCUCCAGUCACAAAGGGACAGAAAAGUAUGUUCUGUCGUACACAUAAGCAUGAGCCGUUAAAAUUAUUUUGUGAAACAUGUGAUAAAUUAACUUGUCGAGACUGCCAACUUUUAGAACAUAAAGAUCAUAGGUACCAGUUCAUGAAUGAGGCUAUCUCAAAACAACGUGAAAUUCUACAGCAUGUGGUUGUCAAAGUUAAACAAAAAUUACAAAAUUACAAUCAAGCGGACAAAAUACUCCAAGCUAAAAACCAGGAAUUAAAGACAAAGUUGGAAGAUGUAUGUGACAAUAUCAGAAAUGUGACUGAUACACUUGUUAAUGAAAUAAAAUCACAUUCAGAAAAGUUAGUGUCUCAUUUGGAGAAGUACAUUAGUGGUAAGACCUGUGUCAUCUCUGAUAAACAGAGGUUAGUGAACGACGCUGUGUUCCGAAUGAAACAUUCUGUACUAUUUGUGGAAAACGCCCUGACGUUGGGCGAUGACCUAUCCAUUCUAUACACAAAAGGUUCGAUGAUGAAAGUCCUCGACCAACUAUCCCGCACUGGCAUUCCAUUUCAUCCUAGCAUUCUCAACUAUGCCAUCACAUUUGAACAUGAAAAAGACUUCCUUCUGAAAAACAUCAUCAAAGUGGGCCAUUUGGUAAUUGAUGGUACUAAUUAUCCAAAUUCGUGGCCAGCAGGUCAUGUGACAUCACAACCCACCUCUAUGCCCCUUCCUAGUGCUGCUUAUGCGACCAGCACUCCUCACUCUCAUGCUCCAAACAUGACUGUACCGCACCGACCAGCAAUUCCAGGCUUUGAAAGCGUUGCAGCUCGAGUCCCACCAAAUAUAUACAACCACAUUAAAAACCAAGUGAAGAAUUAUCCACCCGAGAAACAACGAGAAAUGUUUCAGAAAAUGGUUGAACAGUACCAACUUCGACAACAGCAGAAGGCAAUGCAGCAGUUUCGGCAGCAACAGCAGCUACAGCAGCAACACCAGGGGCCACAGGGCAUCUACGGUGGGAUUCUAGGCGGCUCAAACUACACCCAGGUAGCAGGGCAGGUUCCGGUUAUAGAGGCCACGCGUAACCUCAGCAACAUCACUAAUGGCGGUAUGCCAGUGCGUCCUCCUAUGUCAAGUGCAUCUAACAGAUUCCCCGCCAGUGGCGCCAUACACAAUUUGGCCAGUAUGAAUGCAACGUUCUAUAACCCUGCAGCACCAAGUCGGCCCUCUGCUCCUUCAGUGAAUCGCAAUCAACCACCACCACCAGCUUACAGCAGACCCAUGGUACCCCAAGGUAUGAAUGCAUAUGCCAUGCAGCAACAAAACUUGCCAAAGCGUAGCACGGCCCCUGACCUGUCUGGAUCGGGUGGUUACAGUGCGCCACGAUCGGGCAUGUGUCAGGAGGCGUCUGGGCCGACGCAGGGUGGGUACCGCCAGAGGCAGCAAGUGUCAACUGAGGGGCAGCACCAGCCAUGUAGCCCCACCGGCUCUUGGCAUGCAACUAUCUGUGAUCUUACCAAUAAAUAUCUGCCCUCCACGCAAUCAGGCCCCAAAUCAUUUGAGCAAACCAGAUCCCCAGGUGCACAGGCUGCCUCUCAUGCCAACCAGACCCCAAGUCCAGCUGGGGCAGGAUUUGACCAAUCUGGGGGCGCCAGCCAAGGCGGGACCAGAGUCACCCCUGACCUGCCGCCGGCCACCAGUAGUAGUGCUGAAUCAGGACAGGCAGUAGGAUCGGUCACCAACAGCCAUGUAAAACAGGAGUUUACAGAAUUUCCCCCUUGUUCCUUUUCACAGCAACAGUCACAGUCUUCAGGGACAGUACUUCUGCCAUCGCAGCCACCUCCGCCCCUUGUACACAUGAAACCUCCCGUGGCACCAGUGGGGGGAGGCAAGACGAUGCCGGUCCCUAACAAUAAUGACCCUAAUGAGGACUACUGUGCAGUGUGUCAGAACGGGGGCGACCUUUUAUGUUGUGACAAGUGCCCUAAGGUGUUUCACUUAAAAUGUCAUGUCCCCGAGCUGAACACUUACCCAAGGUACGUCCAUGGAGAGUGGAGUUGUAUCCUGUGUGCUACGGAAGACGACCUGUGUCUGACACAAAAGGAGAACAAGGACUUCACUAUUGUACCAGGCACUGGGAAGAGAAAAGCUCCCACUGGGCUCACAGACAAUGAAAUCAAGGCCUGUGAACGUAUACUGCUAGAGCUUUACUGUCACCAGAAAAGUACUGUGUUCCAUGAACCUGUCAGCAAAGCGGUGCCCAACUACUACAAGAUCAUCACCAACCCAAUAGACUUUGGUAAAAUCAAAUGUAAACUGCAGCGACAGAACUUCAACCACUACAACGCCGUGGAUGAAUUCAUCUCGGAUAUGCUGCUAGUGUUCAGAAACUGCAGAACUUACAAUGAUGUAAGUUCCACGGCCCAAGUACAUAACAUCAAAGCAACUUCCGAGAUUUGGAAGCAUGGUAAGAUGGUUGAAGAGGAAUUUGAGACCUUUGUACAUCGCUUCCUACCAUGUUAUGUGGAAGUUCUUGAUGAGGAACGGGAACGACCAGCAAUAUCAACCUCCCCACAGGAUCCUGCAUCCAAGAAGAAGCGGUCAGAGGAUUCUGCUAUUCAUUUCUUCUAAAGUUUUCUAGCCAAGAUUAUCUUCACAGGGAUGUAUCUGAGGACUUACUAGUGAAUGUCUUCAUCCAGUCAUCACAUAUUUAAGUUCCUCAGCAAGCUUGUGUCACAUCAAUGGUUGGCCGAUUCUUCGUUGAACAUGUUUAGUGCUAACAGUGAAAACUAGUUGUAAUUAAAAACUUUUAAAGGCCAGUAGGUGCAUGUAUAGAAUGAAAACCAAAAAAUUGCAAGCCAAAAUUUGCAGUGUUAAAUGUCACUAUUUAACAAGUAAGAAUACAUUUGACAUUGUUGUGUUACGCUGUGUUCUACCUUGACUACAGGGGAAAAUUAUCAUAUCAAAACGUGUAGAAUGUGUUUCUACAAGCAAAUCACUUCUUGAUGGCUAAGAUUAGAACUACAGCAGUAGAGUUAUAACUCUGUAAGGAAGUUGAGACUUUUCCGUUUGCCCAUUUCUUUCUGUCUGUCUCGGAACUUACUGCAUUUUGCCACCUGUCUGUCUAUCUGUCUGUCUCGGAACUUACUGUAUUUUGCCACUCUUCUGUCUGUCUGUCUAGGAACUUACUGUAUUUUCCCUCUCUUCUGUCUGUCUGUCUGUCUCUGAAGUGAAUGUUUUUGUCCACUCUUCUGUCUAUCUGUCUCUAAACUGAAUGGAUUUGUCCACUAGUACUUCUCUUUCUGUCCAUCUCUGGAUGUAUUUAAUUCCCUCUGUUAUCACGGAAGUCCCUUCAUUUAUAUAAAUGAGGCAGUUCAAAGUUACAUCCAGUUCUUGAUAAAUGAGGCAGUUCAAAGUUACAUCCAGUUCUUGAUAAAUAAGACAGUUCAAAGUGAUAUCCAGUUCUCUGAGAAUACUAUUAUAGUGUGUCAUAUAUCUCUUAGAACAUGUGUAUUACCUACUAUACUGGAGCAUGUGAUACCAGUUAUGUGGAUGACCUUUGACCUUUUAUAUAUUUAUAUUUUUCCAUCCUCAAAAUGGUCAUUCAGUCGUCACUGUUGAAUUUAAAAGUUGAUUACUGUGCUGUUAUGCUCCGAAUCUCAUCAUUAAUAAUUCUUUUGGCAAUGGAAUCGGUUAGAAGAUUGCAAUAAACACCGGUUAGGGAUGAGGGUUGACUUGAGAACAGUAUUAACAUAAUUUGUAAUAAAUAUUUCUUUGGUAUAGAUUUCACUUUCUUGCAUGCUACUCUAUUGGAACACCUUGGUAUGUAUGAAUUAGUUAUUUAUUUUGUAGGUUGGACAAAAGUGUUUUGACAGAGACAUCAGGAUUCAGACCUGAUACGUGUAAUAUUUGAGGAAAUGGCAUGAGUGAAUGAGAGUUAUUGAGAAAUAUGCAGUACUUUGAGUAUAUAUACAAAACUAAUCUGUAUUGUGUUAAAUGUUGUGUAGACUAGUACACAAUUCACCAACUUACAAUUAAACCAUGGUGUUUGGUGAAAGAAAAUGGCACAUUUUCAUUCCUACUAUUUUAUAUUGUCAGGCAGUAGCAUAAAUGAAAUUGUUUAAAAUUUGAGGUUGUUUUUCACUACAAAGUGGUAUUACUGGAAAUAAUGAGAGCGAAAAAGGCUGUAUUUCAUUAUAUUUUGAUAUUCAUCUGAUCCAGGGUAUGUUGGGCUGCGUUGGCCAAGUGGUUAAGGUGUCCCAACAUUUUAUCACUAGCCUUCAAAACACACUGGGGCUGUUGCCUGGUACUGACCAUAGGUCAGUGGUUUUACUUUGGGUACUCUGGUUUUUCUCCACCUCCAAAACCUGGCACAUCCUUAAAUGACCCUGGCUGUUAAUAGGACGUUUAAAAAUACUUACCAAAUCAUGGGUAUACCAGGUAUAUUAUCAGGAUGUUUUUUUCUUGAAUUUUAAUUGGACAAGAUGUAAAAAAAAAUAAGAAUUAAGGAGAAGCAUAACACUUGGUAUAAUGAAAUAUUUUUUCAGUUUUCAUGUACGUGUAACAAUUUUGAGGUCACGUUGAAAAAUGUACAUAAAUAUUGUAGUUUAUGAAACACACCUACAAACUAUAUAGAUCAGUCUUAGUAUUAAAUGUUUGUUAGUGCUAAUUCUGAUGUCAUAGAUAUAGACACAGAAUAUUUUGAUACAAAAUGAAUGUAAAAACCAAUUUAAGUUAUAGAGUGAGUGUGAAUUCCAAACAAGUAACUUGCAAAAUGUAUAAUUUGAUAUGUAUUUUGAAUGAAUGUUAUGUAAAUGGAAUUAUCUGAACACAAAUUGCAUACACACCUGGCAGGCUAUUGGUGUGAUCUAGGAUCCUUGUUGAAAUAAUCUUGGAAAACUUCAUAAACAAACUAAGGUAGAGAAUAUAAAUUCUAUCCAUAAUACUCCAUAGAAAAAGAAAGAAAUGAUUGAUUUAUUAUUUAAGUUGUGUCGUAUGCUAUUGUUUGGUACAAUUAUUCAUUGAACAAGUCUUGACUAGAAUAAUGUAAUUUGAGAGAGAAAAAAAUUAGCAUUCAUGCAUUUUAUACUGUUUGAUAAAAUGAAUUUGUGAUAUACAACCUGAGAAUUGAUUGUGGAAAACAAUGUCGGUAAUGCUGCUUAGUAAAUGCAUUUGAUGAUAAAGUUCUUGAUUCUACUGCUAUUGUAUAAUGAAAAUUUUAUUUUUACAAAAAAUUAAAAUAUUGAAUGAACUUAAGCAAUAAAAUUCAUAAUUUGCAAAUGAUGUUUAUACUGUUCACUGUUGCGUAUCAUAAAAUUACCCUCAUUGCAGAGGAAAACAAAGAGUGAAAACUGAGCUAUUGGAAAUUUUGUUCCCAUACAGUAUAUAUCAAUUGAAUUAAAUGUGUAUGAUUAUUUCUAAUUCUAAGUGUGAUCAUCGUUGGAAACCCAUUAGUCUGUGUCCUGUCGUUUGCUUUUGUAUCACAAACGACAAAGCAGAAUCUUGUUUGUUUCUGAUGAUGAAGUGUGAUACGUCUUUCUGUUGAUCAAAAUCUUGAAAUAUGUUCUGAAUCUGUCACUGUGAUGUUAGAAAUCUAGUAAUCUGUCCUGUAUAAGAUGAUGAAGUGGUCUUACAUUGACCCUGUCAUUUUGGGCAGAUUUGUCCUCUAUUACUAGCGAUGUACACUUUGUUGAUGUACGACAUUCUGUGGUAAUUUACACAAUAUUUUGUGUAUUAUUAGGUAUUAUUAACAACAAAAAGAGUUUUGUAAAUAUUGCAAUUGUGAAAGGAAAUUGUUGUGAUUAAUUCAAUUUUUUCCUUACAUUAUUUUGAUACUUUCAUGCAAUUACUGUUUGCAUGUUCCAAAAACAUGAUUGAUAAAAAAGUACAAGAAGA